AUGCAAGGUGGCGCCACAAAAGAUAUCCCCAUGAAUGCCUAUAUCCUCAUUACACUUCUAGAAACAACAGAAUACCAAGUGGAUGGUCACCAGCAAGCAAUUCAAUCUCUUGCGAACAACCUUAAGCAGUGGAUAGACUCAGACGCCGAAAAAGAUCCGUAUUCUCUGGCAGUUCUUCUAUAUGGCAUGAGUCUUCUAGAAGAUGAUGAUUAUUUUCAGAAAAUCUAUGAGGAACUCGAUCAUAAAUCGACCAAGGAAGGUGGGAUGCAGUACUGGAAGAUGAAAGAAGUGGGGUCCCAUUUCCGUUCUUCAACUGAUGAGAACGGCAAUGUAGAGAUCUCUUCCUACGUGUUAUUGGCUUACACAAAACAAGCACUGCUUAGAGACGGAAUUCCGAUUAUGAGAUGGCUUGUAUCUCAGCGUAAUUCCAUGGGAGGUUACCAUUCGACACAAGAUACGGUUGUUUCUUUGGAAGCACUGUCCAAGUUUGCCAGUCUUCAGGGAUGGUCUUCAAAAAUGAAAGUGGAUGUCACAGCUUUUAACUCACUCGAUUAUUCCUAUAGCUUCCCGACAAUUACCAGAGAUAUUUCUACAAUGCUUAUCUCGCACACUUUUCCAAGCGAGUCAAGGAAUCUUACUUUAACUGCCCGUGGAAAUGGAACCGCUUUACUUCAAGUUGCCUGGCAGUACAACUUGAAUAAUUCACACAUAAAGAAACAUCUUCGACUGAAGAUUGUGGACAAUUCCACUGAUAAAGAUAGAAUGGCAAUCCAGGCUUGCGCAAGCUGGAAGGGACAACAAAAAUCUGGAAUGGUACUGAUUGAGAUCGGUAUACCAAGUGGUUUUGCGCCGGACACCGAUAACCUUGAUGAAAUUGAUUUAAUUCGAAAGACAGAAUUUGAAGGAAGAAAUCUUGUCAUUUAUCUAGAAGAGUACCUCUUUUGGGAGCACAUCAAACCAACAGUUGUUCGGUGUGUUCACCUUCUUAUCCUGGCAGAAAAGUUUCUCGUCUGA